AUGUUUGUUGUUUUCACCUUCAAAGUCGCAAAAGUAGAUGAUUUUUUGAAUAUCCAGCAUCAGGUAGAAGCUAUAAACAGUCAAAAUCAGUGCAAAUUAGCCUUUGUUACAACUGAUGAUGAAAUUAAAAAACUAAAAUCUGGCCAAACUAAAGAAUUGAAUGUAAAAUUAAUACUCAGUGAUAAUCUAGCUGUUCAAAGAUUCUGUAAGGUACUUAAAAAUGAAAGAGAUGCUGAAAUUGCACAACAAAGAAGGGAAAAUCUUCAAAAUAUUAAGCUCGCUUUGGCAGCAGAACAAGAACAAAACGAUUCUACAGUAGAAAAACCAAAUGAACCCUAUUUUGAAAUUAUUUGGCCAGAUUAUAUUCCUGAAAUUACAAAACAAACAAUAAAUGUUCUCUUAGGUAAUAUUAUGGCAAAAAGCUCCCAUGGUUUUCGUUUUGAAAAUGAUCCUAUAGUAUUAGAUUUGGCUUUUUUAAUAGAAACUAAAUCUGAAUCUGCAUAUGAGCAACUUCGUCGUUUUAUUUCUUUAUUUCCAUCAAGAAUGACUUUAUUUAACUAUUUUGCAGAUCCCAUAAAUAAUAUGAAAGAUUUUCUUUUACAUCCAGAAUGUUUAGACAAAAUGUUAUCAUAUAUGAACUAUCAAAUACCAGAUGGAGGACGUUUUGCUAUAGCUUUAGAUGCUGUUGAAUUGAAAUCAUUAGUGAUAUCAAAAGACAAGAAUUUUCAGAGUUUAGAUAUCAAAGAUUUAUUUGUAUUCCUUGCACUUCCUUUGAAUUUCGAAGCACCAAAUUUUGUCGCUAGCAUUCUUCCUUAUAAAAAUGGAUUUGCUUCAUCAAUUAUAGGGAAAAUUCAAGCCGUUAUAGAUCAAUUAUCUUAUUUUAUUGAAAUAUCAUAUAUUUUUACAGAUGGUGACCCAGGAUAUAAAGAAAAACAACAAGAAUUUAUUAAAGAACUUAAAAAAGCAAAAAAUAUAGAUGAAUUGAUUCAAAUAGCACAAAAUUACAUCGAACAUCAUCAAGUAUGGAGUGUUGAUAUCGUCCAUUUAUCAAAAAGAGACAGAAAAUUUUUUAUUCGAAAAGAUGUCGAGCUUUACGCAAUUCCUUUCAAUAAAGAUUCCCGCAUUCAAGCUGAAAAACUCAAAGAGGUCGUAAAGUUAGGAGAUGCAUUGGAAGAUCAGAGUGGACUCGGCGCAAUGAAAGAUAAAUACGCCAUUGCAAUUUUUUCCAUGUUUUGUUUAGAAAAACUACUUCAAGCAGGAUAUUAUAAUGAAGCACUGUUCAUUGCUCCAUUUUCUCUAUGGUAUGAAAGCAUUCGCAACGAAGUUAUUAAUUUUGACACAAGAAUGUUCAUGUUGAUAACAGCAGUUCAUCUUGUAAUGUCAAUUUUAUGUAAGCAUGACGAAAUGGGAAUUAAAAACAAUUUCCAAACAGAAGAGAGAGGUGAAAUCAAUGUGAAGUUCAAAUUCAUUGCAAACGAGAUAAUGCUUGAGCAGAUGUUAAGAGCUCUUUCGGUGUUCAUUGUUGAGUUUAAUAGGAAUCAAAAUUUAAAUUUCUCUCACUUAACAACAAUGACUGAAGAGCAUCUUUUCGGUUUGCUGCGCGUUAUGAGUCAUUUUAAAUAUGAUUUAGAUACGGCUAUGACUAUACUAUACCGAAAAGGGUCGCUAGAAAAAGUGACUUUUGGCGCCAAAAUUAUUUUUAAAAAAAACUUAUUUUUAUUAUUUAAUCAAUAUUACACUAUUACAUAUUAUUUUUUUAUAUCAAAUCCAUACUAUUUUUCAGAAUGGAAGUUUUUGUAA